UUACGGUCAAAUCCCCAUCUCCACUUCUCCGGAUCCACCCAGCCACGAACAAGGACGCCUUUCCGGCCUCGCAGCACGCAGCAGCUUCUCAUUUCUUCAGCCACCAACCAACCACAGCACGAAAAGGAGGGAAGAGAACCGAAACACUUCUAACUCGCUCCCUACCUGAGACCUCAGUCCCUCUCCCUCUCAUAAACGACGACGAGGAGGCCGCACGUACUCCGCAAUAUAGCUUCUCAGUUCACGCUCUCUAGUCUCUCCUCCAGGCCUCCACCACCGGCUCCAGCAGCCUGAGCUAGUGAGCUGAGCACCGAGCACGAGCUGCCAGCCACCGUACGGCCCGGGCAGAAGCGGAUCGGAGGAGCAGAAGCAGAGCGAGAUGGGGCUGGGCGUGAAGGCGACGCCGUUCACAUACGCGGCGCACGCGCUGGCCGCGGCGGCGGCGGUGCUGGUGCUGGUGUGGUGCGUCCACUUCCGCGGCGGCCUCGCGCUCGAGGCGCAGAACAAGAACCUCAUCUUCAACGUUCACCCUGUUCUUAUGCUGAUUGGCUACAUUAUCCUCGGCAGUGAAGCCAUUAUGAUCUACAAGGUGUUUCCAAAACUGAACCACGACACAGCCAAGCUGACGCACCUCAUCCUCCACGCCAUCGCGACCGUGCUCGGCGCCUUCGGCAUCUACUGCGCGUUCAAGUACCACAACGACAGCGGCAUCGCCAACCUCUACAGCCUGCACUCCUGGCUCGGGAUCGGAACCAUCUCUCUGUACGCCAUUCAGUGGGUGUUCGGGUUCGUGACCUUCUUCUUCCCCGGCGCGGCGCCGAGCGUGAGGCGCAGCGCGCUGCCCUGGCACGCGCUGUUCGGGCUCUUCGUCUACGUUCUGGCGCUGGCGACCGCGGAGCUCGGGUUCCUGGAGAAGCUCACCUUCCUGGAGAGCGGGGGGCUCGACAAGUACGGCGCCGAGGCGUUCCUGGUCAACUUCACGGCGCUCGUCGUCGUGCUCUUCGGCGCCUCCGUCGUCGUCGCCGCAGUCACGCCGGCGCACGUCGAGGAACCGCGGGGCUACGCUCCAAUUCCGAUCAACUAGAGGGUAUAAGGAGUUGCUGAAAAUUCAGAAGAGUGCAGCUUUUGUUCUGUUUGAAUUAAACCAUGACAUCAGGCGUCUGGCUUAAGUCUGGAAAACGCAUCCGGAUCUACUUCGAAGCGAACCCGAGGUGUUCGGUCUAUAAAUACAACCCGAUGGGUCCUCUUUCCUCUGCUUUUC